AUGCCUCGUCGAAGACCUCCAGCACUGAGUCUCGGCAAUGCUCUGAUCUGCAUCUUCGUAUGGCUGCCUCUCAUAGCCACUGCUCAGCAGCAGCAGUCUGGCAGCAACAAUGCCAACCUCCGCAAACGCCCACAGCUCAGCAACUCGCGCUCCUCGCCAGAACUGAGAUCUACCCACAACCACAAACACCUUAAAGACACCGCAAUCGACCCUUCAAUCGAGCGCGCCCUUGCGACUUUUGCUCCAGCCGACUCACUCCCGGCCGUCCGAGCACCUCCUGCACGAUCAUCGGCCUCGUCCGGUGCUCUCUCUUCGCGACACCCGGCGCGGUCUCUGCAGGAUUGGCAAGUCGAGGAUAUUAUUCUCCUGGCGACCGUUGAUGGAAAAUUACACGCACGCGACCGCAGAACCGGCGCCCCACGAUGGGAGAUUGAGGCUGACAGGCCCAUGAUCGAGACCGUCUACCAUCACAACGACUCUGAUCCCGAGUCUCAACCCGAGACCAGUCUCAUCUGGAUCGUCGAGCCCUCUCAAGACGGAAGCCUGUACGUCUACUCCUCGGAGCCACAGAACGGCAUGCAGAAACUAGGCUUGUCUGUCAAGCAGCUCGUUGAAGAAUUGUCUCCCUACGCCGGCGAAGACCCUCCCGUGGUUUACACCGCCGACAAGAAGAAUACUUUGUACACAGUCGACGCAUCCAAUGGAAAGAUCCUCAAGAUGUUCAGCUCAAGCGCUUCCACUUUUAGCAACGAUCAAAACUGUCGCCGCGUUGACGGUCUUGGCUCACUUGAAGACAACGAAUGCGAGACGAUCGGAACCCUUACCUUGGGCAGAACAGAAUACACCGUUUCGAUCGCAGAUAAGAUGACUGGCAACCCCAUCUGCACCAUCCGUUACUUUGAAUGGGGUCCCAACAACCGCGACAAGGAUUUGCACAACCAAUACGCUUCUACCAUGGACAGCAAAUACAUCUACACACAGCAUGAUGGCAGUGUCGUCGCUGUCGACUACAGAGAAACAAGCCGCUUCGGCAACUCCAUCCUAUACAAGCAAAAGUUCUCGUCACCCGUAGCUCGCGUGUACGACAUUGUUAGACCGCUUGACGAAGAAGAUCUAGAUGCUUCGCUUGUCAUUCUUCCACAGCCCAUCGGUCCUGCUGGAGAUGAUACAAUUGAGCAAGACAAGGUCUUCGUCAACUGCACCGAGUCCGGCAGUUGGUACGCAAUGUCCGAGCUCAGGUAUCCUACCGUCACCGACGGCGCCUCGAACGCCGUUUGCUACACGCAGGGAUAUGCGCUUCCAGCGGGCAUCUUCAAUCCGGCUAAGCAAAGAGCAAGUCUGGUCGGUAUUCACCCUCUUCACCCAAUGAGUCAGGACCAGAGCGAAAUACUCACUAUUGGCGGUCCUGAUCAAUCGGUCCUCGGAUCUCCAAAUGCCUACAACACGGAUAAUGCCCAAGUAAUGCUACCCAAUGCAGUGAAUGCUUGGGCGGGACUCACGUCAUCGGGACUAAUCGCCUUGCUUGCCCUUGUGGGAUUGUUCGCUAUUGUGUCUCGAUGGGUCGACGUGCAAAAAGUCAUACAGCGUCAGGCUCCCGAGCCUAUCAAGAUGAAAGAGGCGCCUAUUCCUGUGACUUCCGGACCCAGCGAGAUUGUGCGAUUCCCAGAACCUGCGCAGGAGACCAUUUUCCCUCAAGGAGAAGGUGAAGCAGAAAAGAUCACGGAGCCGGAACCUGUCGCGGAAGUGCCGGUUGAGGCCAAAGUCGACUCGCCAGCCCGUGCCUCAACUCCGACACCGCCAGAAGUGGACACACCUGCAGAAGAUCAGACCCCUGUCAAGCCCAAGAAGAAGGCCACCCGUGGUGUUCGAGGUGGCAGAAAAGCCAAGGAAAAGAGAGCGGAACAACUCGAAGCACAACAACGUCGCCGUGAAAACAGUCAAAGCAACAGCGACAAGGAAAACAAUGGCGUCAUCGCAACACCUGGUCCGAAGGCUCUCUCGAAAAUUGAUGGUAUGGACGUCAUCAGUGUUGACGCUUCUGAAAGCCCCAACGUAUCUGGCAAGAUUCAAAUCAACAACCUCACCAUUGAUACAGAUCGGAUCAUCGGGCACGGAAGUGCAGGAACAUGCGUGUUUGAGGGCAAAUUUGAGGGUCGUGAGGUGGCGGUGAAACGUAUGCUUUCGCAGUAUUACGAGCUGGCUUCACAGGAGGUGUCUUUCCUUCAGCAGAGCGAUCAUGACAAGAACGUGAUCCGUUACUACUGUCAGCAAAAGGAUCAACACUUCCUGUACAUCGCUGUUGAACUUUGCCAAGCAAGUCUGUGGGAUUUGUUCAAUCUCCCUGAUACUCGCGAUGAAAUCCGCUACCAACAGCUUCAGUCACUGGCUCAAGCUGUUCAACGCGACGCCCGUGGCGCUCUCUAUCAGCUUGCGAAAGGACUUUACCACCUUCACGAUCUUCGCAUCAUCCAUCGAGACAUCAAGCCCCAAAACAUUCUCAUUGCCUUCCCGAAGCCAAAUAGACCCAACGAGCUUCGUCUGGUCAUUUCAGAUUUCGGCCUGUGCAAGACUCUUCCAGAGAAUGUCAGCACUUUGAUUGACCCUACAAGUAAUGCUGGUACCUGUGGAUGGAAGGCGCCAGAGCUCAUCUCGCAACCCAAGGAUACAGCCUCUAAUAAUGGCCACAGUAACAUUUCACAUCCUGGUACUAGUGAAAGCUCCACCGGCGGAACAAUGGGAGGUGUCAAGCGAGCAGCAGAUAUCUUCUCUCUCGGAUGCCUGUUUUUCUGGGUUUUGACUGGCGGCGAUCAUCCCUACGACGACAAAGAAGGCUGGAUGCAAAUGCGUGAACUCAACAUCAAGAAGAACAAUCUCCAAAACAUGCACAAGCUCGACCUAGGCUCCGACACCGAAGAGCCACGCCAGCUGAUCACUGCGAUGUUGGCCCACAACCCCGAAGACCGUCCUUCAGCUCAACAAGUGCUCUGCCACCCCUUCUUCUGGUCCUCCAAGAAACGUCUCGAUUUCCUCUGUGACGUAUCCGACCACUUCGAGCACGAACCCCGCGACCCACCAUCCCCACACCUCUGCUACCUAGAAUCUUACGCCGACAUGGUAAUCGACGCCAAAAAGGACAAGGACUGGCAACGCAAACUCGACCGCAUGUUCCUGGACACUCUCGGCAAGCAACGUAAAUACAACGGCGCCAAAAUGCUGGAUCUUCUCCGCGCGUUACGCAACAAGAAGAAUCAUUAUGAGGACAUGAGUGCGGACGUCAAGAAGAGGGUGGGAAGUUUGCCUGAGGGUUAUCUGGGGUACUUUACUAUUAGGUUCCCGAUGUUGGUUAUGGCUUGUUUUUGGGCGAUCAAAGAUUGUAGGGUUGAGGGGAAUGCAAGAUUUAGGGGGUACUAUAGUGUUGGAGAGCAGGAGUGA